AUGCCACCACACCCACCACCUAGCGAGCAGCAGAUCGAUGCUCGUGAAUUCGAUCCUCAGCGGAGUGUACGAAGUCACACCUCUCACGAUAGAAGUCUCCUAGACGACGAUGUGAGCUUCAUGAAUGAGGUUGCACAGGGUAUCAUCGACCGAGAUAGGAGGCGCAUGAGGAGGCAGGUUACAAGGAUAGCUAGCUUCACCGUUGCUGUUCUAUGCUGCCUCUGUGCCGGCUCGAUUACAGGAUUCUCUUUAUAUGGUCCUCGAUUCCUGACCGACCUCCACUACACACAAUAUCGAGUCAAUGCCGUCUCUAUCACGGCCGAGCUUGCCAUGUACCUACCCGUACCACUAUUUGGAUUUCUCUGUGAUCGCUACUCUCCUCAACCGCUAGCACUGUUGGCAGCUGGUCUAUUCGGCUUUGGCUACAUCCUAGCUGCUGUUGUCUAUCGUGCUGGGCCACCACCAGAUAGCGUAAAAGGAGGAAAUGGCUAUCCGUUUGGCUUCAUGGUCCUGGCGUUCGUUGGAGUGGGUGCUGGCACGAGCUGCCUGUACCUCUGUUCUGUCGCGACCUGCGCCAAGAACUUUGCCCAGGCCAAAUACAGAGGCUUCAUGUUGGCUGUACCUAUAGCUGCAUUUGGCUUGUCAGGGAUGUGGCAGUCUCAAAUAGGCGCUAAUCUGUUAUACAAGAAAUUACCCGACGGAAGGAAGGGCCCUGUGGAUGUGUACCGCUACUUCAUCUUUCUAGCUGGCUUACUUAUCGGAGUGGGUCUCCUUGGUGCACUGGCUCUGAGGAUCGUGGAUGAGGAAGAACUUAUUGAGAGGGAAAUUGAGAACAUGGAAAGAUCAGGGCUACUGGAACACAGCGACUUCUUCAGACCAGCCCCUUCACGUAACCAGAGCACUUAUGGAACUAUACCCAAUGGCAAUGACCAUCAUUCGCACAAUCAGCCUGAUAGCGAAGAAUCGUCACCUACAGGUCCGCUGUCUGAGGAUGGCGACUCCAAUUCGAUCGAGAAUCUGACACAAUCCCUCCUACUCACAAAGCAGAUCACAGAACCAGAACUAGCUGCUCAAAAGAAAGUCUGGCUCCUCAACCACGCAACUCAUUCCUUCCUGACCGACAGAACCAUGUACCUGCUCGCCGCAGGCUUUCUCCUCCUCGCAGGUCCCGGCGAAGCUUACAUCAACAACGUCGGAACCAUCAUCCCCACCCUAACCCCAGCCAAAUACUACUCCCACAACCCCGAACUCGAUCCUCCCGCAGGCUCAGCAGCAACGCACGUAAGCAUCAUCGCCCUAACCUCGACAUUCGCCCGUCUCUUCACAGGCACCCUCUCCGACCUCUUCGCUCCACCCUCAAACCCCGACGCCCCACCCACAACAAGAUUUCACUUUAGCCGUCUCGUCCUCCUCCUCCCAUCAGCCUGCCUCCUCCUCCUCAGCUUCCUCUUCCUCGCCAUUCCGCAAAUCGUGCCCCAGAAUCCCUCCUGGUUCCUCCUCUCCUCCGCUCUCCUUGGCCUCGGAUACGGCGCAGCUUUUUCCUUAGUACCAAUUAUUAUCUCUGUGGUCUGGGGUGCUGAGAAUUUUGCUACGAAUUGGGGGGUUGUUGCUAUGAUGCCUGCGGGUGGGGCGGCGAUUUGGUCCAUUGUUUACUCGGCGUUUUAUAGUCAGGGGGCGCAGAGGGAUGAUAACAAGAGUGGGGAGGGAGAGUGUAAGGGGUAUGGGUGUUAUGGGUAUUGGGCUGUGGGGUGUACGUUGAGUGUGGCGGUUGCGAUUGUUUUGUGGUCUUUUGCUUGGAGGGCUUGGAGGAGGAGGAGUGUGAUGGUUUAG